AUGCCGCGAGGCAGGAAGAGGAAGGCCUCGGAUGCGUCUUCCACUCUCCAAGUGCCGGAGGAACCGAAGAGAGGACGUUCCGUCAGUCCACGUCCCUCGUCAGGUUUUGCGACGCUCAAAAAUGCUGUCAGCGGACUGUUCAGUAGCAACAAGCCUGAUCCGACAAACCCAGUUCUGUUCGGCGCGAUAGAGGCAACGAGGCCCAAGCCUGCCUUGGGCGACUUUUUUAGGGGCAUUGCCAGCCAGACUGGUCGCCUUGGUGAGAACGUUGGCUUGAUAUCUUCCUUCCUUGAUACGGAGCUCUUCAACGGAGGCUAUGUCGAUGACAGAAAGUACCAGAUGGAGCAGAUCUUACGGCUCGCUUCGUCGUUGCCCGUAGGCUCAGGACCGCUGGACGAGAUCAGUACCCGGUUCAUUAAGCUCCUCUGGAACAACUUAGAGCACCCUCCCCUAUCAUUCCAGGGUAACGAAUACAAGUAUCGCCAAGCAGAUGGGUCCAACAACAACAUCAUGUACCCUCACCUGGGCAAGGCUGGCUCAUUCUACGCCAGGACCGUAACACCGAGAACCCUGCAACCAGGAGUGUUACCAGACCCUGGAGUCAUCUUCGACACCGUCUUUGCGCGCCGCAAAGAGGCUCGAGAGCACCCGAACAAGGUUUCUAGUAUGCUGUUUUACCUCGCCACCAUCAUCAUUCACGACGUCUUCCACACUGACGAGAGAGACCAUUCUCGCGUGAAGACGUCGUCGUACUUGGAUCUCGCCCCGCUUUAUGGAAGCAGCAUUGAAGAUUUGAAGAAGAUCCGUACUUUCAAGGAUGGUCUUCUAAAGCCGGACACCUUCUCGGAGAAACGCUUGUUGGGAUUCCCACCUGGCGUUGCCGCCGUUGUCAUCUGCUUCAACCGAUACCACAAUUAUGUUGCCAUGCAAUUGAAAACUAUCAACGAGGGUAACCGAUUUAAGGCGCCCAAUGAUGAAAAUGACCUGAAAGGUAUCCUAGCACUCGACGAGGAGCUCUUCCAGACAGCCAGACUGGUGACGUGUGGCCUAUACAUCAACAUCAUCCUUAUUGACUACGUCCGCACCAUCCUCAACCUCAAUCGUACGAAUUCAACUUGGACUCUUGAUCCUCGAAACAAUGAGGAUGUCUAUGACAUCGAGGGUACACCUCGCGGUAUUGGUAACCAGGUCAGCGUGGAGUUCAAUCUCCUUUAUCGCUGGCAUUCGGCCAUCAGCAAAAAGGAUGAGCAAUGGACCAACGAGCUAUAUUCUAAGAUCAUGGGCACAAAUGAUCUCGAGUCCCUGACCGAAGCUGAAGUCGUGCGUAAUCUAUACGGCUGGCUGAACAAGCAAGGAGAAGACCCGUCUACUUGGACCAUUGACGAUGGGAAAUACACUCGCAAUGGUCUUGGCCGCUUCGGUGAUGAAGAUCUGGUCAACAUCUUGGCAGACGCAACCGAGGACGUUGCCGGAGCCUUCGGUCCACGAAAUGUACCUGUGGUCUUGAAGCUGAUUGAGACCCUGGGUAUCAAACAGGCGAGAUCGUGGAAUGUUGCUACGCUCAACGAGCUGCGCGCCUUCUUCAAGUUGGAGCCUCACAAGACGUUCACUGACAUCACGCGCGACGAGGCCACUGCCGGCGCUUUGAAGGCAUUGUACGGCCACCCAGACUAUGUGGAGAUGUACCCCGGCAUGGUAGCGGAAGAUGCCAAAGACCCAAUGGACCCGGGGUCUGGCUUGUGUCCUGGCUACACUAUAUCUCGAGCCAUCCUCGCGGACGCUGUCGCGCUCACACGGGGUGAUCGUUUCUACACUGUUGGCAAUUCGCCUGCCAAUCUCACCAGUUGGGGUUUCAAUCAGAUCAAGUCUGAUCCAGAUGUCGCACAAGGACACUGCUUCUAUAACCUGUUGAUGCGUGCUCUGCCCAACUGGUAUCGUGGCAGUUCAGUCUACGCAAUGUUUCCUUUUACUGUCCCCGAGGAGAACAUGCGGAUCCAGUCGAAGUUGCACAAGGCCCAGGACUACAACUUUGAACGACCCAGCUACAUCGGCCUGCCCAUCUCGAUCAAGUCUUGGAAGGCCGUAACUUCGAUUCUUGCGGACACAGGACGAUUCGCCGUUCCCUGGGAUGCUCACACUCGUGACUUGACAGGCCACGAUUACAUGCUCAGCGGCGACAAGAAGGCCAAUUUCAAGCAAAAGCAGGAGUUUGGCGAGCACAUCUACGGCCCAAGCUAUCCCAACCAGUACAGCCCUACUCAAAAUGAGCGCCUCAGGCAGGUGCAGAAGUUCUACGAGGAUUUGACCACCCAGCUUGUGACCGUCCGAAGCGAGAUCCUGCUCAAGGAUUGGUACCAGCUCGACGCGGUGCGCGACGUUGCCAACCCAUCGCACGCCAUCUUCAACGCCAAGAUGUGGCACAUCCCUCUCAAGUCGCCCGACGACGUCAACCCCGUCGGCAUCACCGUAGAGCAGCUCUACCUAGCAAUGUCCGUCAUGUUCGCCUAUGUCUUUCUGGACCUCGACACCGCGCGCUCCUUUAAGCUGCGCCUCGGGGCCAAGGGCUCCGGCGAAGCAAUCUCGAAGCUCAUCCGCAUCGUCUGCGAGGCCGUCAAGGCGGACAGCUACCUGCACCUGUCGGAUCUGUUCCGCAUGGGCCAUGCAGGCAAGCUGCUCGGCGACUUUGGCACGAGGCUCAUCCGCCGCCUGUUCGAGGGCGGCAAGUCGGUCGACGAGGUCGUGUGGUCGAUCAUCCCGACCGCGGCGGCCGCGACCGCCACCCAGGCGCAGCACUGCUCGCAGAUGCUCGAUCUCUACCUCUCCGACGAGUACAAGCACCACUGGCCCGACAUCCAGGCUUGCGCGUGGUCCGACUCCGAGGGCGACUUCGAGAAGCUUAAGAGCUAUGCCCUUGAGGCGAAUCGACUGCGACCGGCGGCUUUCGGGCUGCUGCGCAAGUCACGCGUCGACACUGUCAUCGACGAUAAUGGGAAGAAAGUGCACGUGUCCACCGACGCGCAGAUCUACACCGACUUCGUCGCGGCCGGCAUGGACAAGACGGUGUUCCCCAAUCCGCUCGAGAUCGACAUCACGCGGGACCGCGACCUGUACAUCCACCAUGGGUACGGAGCACACGCGUGCCUCGGCCGACCGAUUGUCGAGGUUGCCAUGGCGGCGCAACUGAAGGUAUUUGCCAAGCUCAAGAACCUCAGGCGUGCGCCGGGUCUGCAAGGGGAGAUGAAACGCACGGUGCCGCCGCCGAACCCGGUGAGCAGUGACCCGCACGAAAACCCGGGACGCAUCGAGGCGUUCAUGAAGGAGGAUUGGAGUGACUGGUGGCCUUUCCCGACCUCUCUCAAGGUCCAUCACGCCGGCUUCUUCGAGUCCCAGGAAGAGUAUUUGAGCACUGAUACUAGUGUACCCGGCAUGAAGAGCGAUAUUGAGAUGUCGGACAUGGCGGCGAAUGGAUUCGCUGGGAACGGCGUGAAUGGAGACCAUGGCAGACUGCCUGACGACGCUUGA